CAACAACAACAACAACAACAACUGCAUUGCGUUGAUGAAAUACAUGGCUGUAGAAGAAGCGACUUUGUAAAAAAUGUUUUACUGCUUAGUUAAUAAAGAAGUUACGUGUUUGUUUAGACGGAAGACUUGUGUUUGUCUGCAAUUCAGAUAACGUUAGCGGACAUUUUUUUUAUUACGCUUGAAAACUAAGCUAACGCUUCGGAUUCUUCAAGAACAGUAUUUUCCAGGUGUAACGCCAACUUACUCCUUAAUUUUCCUUAAUUUCGAAGACGUCAUGCAUACUAGAGAGAUCAUAUAUUGUGCUACACAAAUCGAAAGGUUGCACGAGGACGGCAGUUAUGAAGAUGUUAUAUCAUUACUGACUGAACUCGACAUCACUUCUGUCACGUUAGAGCAGAUUCAGACAACAGAUAUUGUAAAAGUUCUUUACAGACUGCUUAAGUCCUGUCCUGUUUUGAGUGCUAAAACAAAAGCAAAGAGCUUGCUGACAAAAUGGAAGAAGUUGUACAAUUUGUCACAUGCAAUAUUACUCAAAAAUAAUGACAAAAACACACGGGAGGACAAGGAAUUAGAGACGCAUAACAUGUCUAAUGUUGAGUUACCAUUGGAAUUUCCAUUUUUAACCAAUGGAUUUCAGCCCUUACAUGAAAAAGUGAACGAGAGUCAAGCAUGUAACACAAAGCAGCUUGAUAUAACAAAGGAUGCAAACCAGGGAAAAUGUAAUAAUUUAUGCUUUAAUGCAUCUUCUAAAAAACUUUGUAUAGCAACUGAAUCUGCAGAAUCUCUCCAGACACAGCUUGAGCAAGAGAGCAUUACUCCAGCCGUGGAAUCAAAUAGAUCUGAUACAGAGGAAAGUGCUCAAACCUCAGUUCCUCAAAACACAAAUCAGCACACAACUAACUGUGACUCUACAGCACUGAGAUCCAAAUGUGUCCAUCUGAUCCUUCAGGCUCUUAGCACAAACCAACAAACAGACCCAGGUCAUAUGAACAAGCUCAAAGCCCUUGCUGAGAACAUUGAGUUGCAUGUUCAUGCUCUUCAUGGACGAAACCAGCAUAAGUACAAGUUUCAUAUUAGGAGCAAGGUUGCCAACCUAAAGAACCCAAACAACCCCCACCUACGCCAAGGCCUUAUUUCAGGACAACUGACUCCAGAUGCAUUUGCCCAGAUGUCUGUAGAGGAAAUGGCAGGUGAGAAACUUCGACGGCUCAGAGAAACUUACACCAGUUUGGCCAUCAGUGAGCAUCAGUUACCAGAAACAGUUAAAGGCACCCCUACCAAUAAAGUUCGCUGCAGGCAAUGUGACAGUAUGGAUUGCAGGGUGACUCAAAUCUCACGAGGGACUCUUUUCUUGCCAUCCUGGGUGCAGAGUGGCAGUGCAGAUAAUGAUUCUAUGACUUUUAUGACCUGUGCUAAUUGUGGAGAACAGUGGUACCACAGUAAUUGGGUUUGCCUUUGAGCAAGUGCGUAUAGAUAGCAACACUGUUCUGUAUUAUUUGAUCUGUACUAUUGAAGUUUUUGUUCACAAUGAUGUUAAGAUGGUCAAUUAUGUAGUCUUCAAUUUGGUGCAGUGAACCGUAUAAUGCGCAUUCAUGUCUGUUUUGGAAGAGAUGAAUACACCAAAAAUAAUAAAAAUAAACUCUUAAGAGUCUAAAAACUGGUUUUUGAUACAUGUAACCAUUAAAAAGGUAAUUAAUGUCUGUUUUAAUCUAAGUAUCAGUAUGGCUAGACACACUUUUUUAUGUUGACUUUAGAUCUGUUUUAUUUGUCCUCCAAAAACUUAUGUAAAGUAUAUAUUUAGAUUAUUUUCCAUAAGUCACUGUUAAGUCUGUAAAUAUGGAAACGAAUAACUAUUGAACUGCUGUAAACAUACAUUUAUAAUUUAUUAUUAUAAUACGUAUUUACUGGUUUAUAAACUUUUUUCUUAAACUCUUCUUACAUCAAAUUGUUUUGUACAUUACACAUCAUCUGUUUGUUGCAGGUUUUAUUUAUUUAUUUUUUUUACUAAAACAAGGUUCCCACACUUUUAGAAGGUACUUUAAAACAAACAGGUCCUUAAGGUUUGUGAAUUAAAUUUUAAAUGAAAUUUGAUUAUUUUGUUAAUUCAACAAUUGUACUGUGCUGCUUUCAGCAGACUGAAAACAAGGUAAAUUCUUAAUUAGUAUUGAAUUCGACAAAUUUUAUUGAAGUUUUUUGAACAUGGCUGUUUAAAAUCAAAUUCUUCAUUCAAAAAACUCAUCAUUAUGCACACAGUUUUAUUGUUAAUUUUAAGUGUAAGUGAACUGUUGAGUACAGUAAGAAGUUUCAUGGUGGUGGCAGUUUUAAAAGUCGUUGAAAGUCCUUGAAUCUGCUGUUAAUGAAAGAGUGGGAACCCGUGUAUAACUGUGAUGUUCUGUUAUGACAGUAAUUACAUUCAUAAACAUGAACAUGCUACAUUCAGAUAACACACAAAGGAAACAGCUCAAAUUUGAUCUUGUGUCUAACCUUAGCCAAUGUGACGGAAAGUGUGCCACAUCCAGAAAGCAUGUGUAGUUGCUUUAUGAUUACUUGGAAUAAUAAUAAUAAAACAUCUUAAGUGCUCAGUUGUCUUAC